AAUCAAGGCAUCUUCAUGCUGACGCUGCCGUCCGACGACACCUUCCUUCUCGGUUACCUGGUUUCCGCCACAGUGCUGAAGUUCAUCGAUCUCGUCCACAUCUUUGCCAUGCAGUGUACUCUCGACAUCUACCUCAUCGACUGGGAGCGACCCAGGGUGCCAAUUUGGCGUACUGUGCUUGUUGCAAACGAGUGGAACGAAAUUCAGACUUGCAGGAAGACCAACCCCACCUUCACCAUCUUCGUUGCCAUGCUUAUUCUGGGCGUGAGUUGA